AUGGGUCCAUGUCAACCAAAAAAUCAUGUAUUUCCUACUAGAGUGAUUACGGGUGCUAAUAGAAGAUUUAAUCCUAAAUGGUUUGAAGAUCAUAGUAAUUGGUUGGAGUAUAGUGUAUCAGAAGAUGCAACAUAUUGUUUAUGUUGUUAUCUAUUCAAAGAUGAAAGUAGUGGACAACAAGCUGGGGGAGAGUCAUUUGUUACAGAAGGAUUCAAUAAUUGGAAAAAAGGACCGGAAAGGUUGCGUGCACAUGUUGGUAAUCAUAAUAGUGUUCACGCAAGGAACGUACAAGCUUGUCGAGAUUUAAUGACUCAAGAGCAACACUUACAAGUUUGUGUAUCAAAACACUCGGAGCAAUCGAAACAAGACUACUGUGUUCGAUUGACUUCAUCAGUUAAAUGCAUCCGGUUACUUUUAAGGCAAGGACUUGCUUUUCGUGGAAAUGAUGAAAGCUACGACUCUCUUAAUCGGGGAAACUUCCUUAAAGUCUUAAAGUUUCUUGCAGAUAAUAAUGAAGAUGUUGCCAAAGUAGUGAUGCGAAAUGCACCUGAAAAUCACCAAAUGACUUCUCCUUGUAUUCAAAAAGAUAUAGUUAAUGCAAUUGCAAGUGAGACAACUGAAAUGAUAAUCAAUGAUCUUGGUGGAGAAUUAUUUGCAAUAAUAGUUGAUGAGUCAAGAGAUAUAUCAGUGAAAGAGCAGAUGAUUGUGUUUAUUCGGUAUGUGGAUUCAAGUGGGCAUAUUAUUGAGCGUCUUCUUGGAAUUACUCAUGUUCGUGAUACUACAUCUAUGUCUCUUAAAGUAGCCGUUGAAGAUCUUCUAACAAGGCAUGGAUUAAGUAUUUCAAGAAUACGAGGCCAAGGCUAUGAUGGAGCAAGUAAUAUGCGAGGUGAGUUCAAUGGUCUUAGGACUUUAAUACAGAAUGAGAAUCCAAGUGCUUUUUAUGUUCAUUGUUUUGCUCAUCAACUACAACUAGCACUUGUGGGUGUUGCAAAGGAAAAUAAUGAUGUUGGAGAUUUUUUUGUCACUGUCUCGCAAUUGUGCAAUAUUGUAUGUGCUUCAUGUAAGCGCAGGGAUAGCUUACGAGACAAACAAUUAAAGAUGUUGAUUGAUUCAAUUUCUGCUGAUACAAUUGAAACGGGAAUUGGUUUGAAUCAAGAAGCAGUUUUACAACGGCCUGGUGAUACACGUUGGGGAUCUCAUUACGGUGCACUUGUGAGCAUUCUGAAAUUAUUUUCUCCCGUGAUUGAUGUUCUUGACGAAAUAAUUCAAGAUCCAAAACAAAGGCUAGAAGCAUUUCGAGUAUUGAAGAAUGUCCUAUGUUUUGAUUUUGUAUUCUUUUUGCACUUGAUGAAGGAUGUUUUAGGAAUUACUAAUGACUUGUCACAGGCAUUACAGAAGAAAGAUCAAAACAUUGUGAAUGCCAUGAGACUAGUUGAUGUCUCAAAACAAAGAUUGCAAAUGAUGAGAGAUGAUGGGUGGGAAGCUCUUUUACAAGAAGUUUCACUAUUUUGCAACAAGCAUGCAAUUCCCAUACCUAAUAUGGAUGAAGUUUAUGUAGUUCCUGGAAGACCUCGUCGUAAUGUUGAAGAAAGGACUCAUCUUCAUAGGUAUCGUGUUGAACGGUUUUGUGUAGACUUAGAUCUACAACUCCAAGAGCUAAACAACCGUUUCAAUGAGAAGAAUACAGAGUUGCUCUUAUGCGUGGCAUGUUUUGAUCCAAGGGAUCCAUUUGCUAUGUUUGAUAAGGAUAAGUUAAUUCGAUUGGCACAGUUCUAUCCAAAUGAUUUUUCUGAUAUUGAACUUGAAGUACUAGAUAACCAACUACAGACUUAUUUUAUUGAUGUCAGUUCUGAUCCUGCUUUCUCUAAAUUGGGUGGUAUUGAUGAAUUAGCUCAAAAAAUGGUGGAAACGAGAAGACAUUUGGACUAUACGUUUGUGUAUUUGCUUCUAAAAUUGUCUUUGAUCCUACCGGUUGCAACUGCUAGUGUGGAAAGAGCAUUUUCUGCUAUGAAGUUAAUCAAGACAUCUUUACGCAACCGGAUGAGUGAUGAUUUAUUACAUGAUUGCUUAGUGCCGUAUGUUGAAAAAGAUAUUUUUGAUCUAGUUUCAAAUGAAGCAAUUCUACAGCGAUUUCAAAAUAUGAGAGAGCGUAGAGGAGUAUUACCUCGUAGUUUAUCAUAA